AUGGCAUGGUUGGUGUACGCCCAUCGUGAGGGACUCAGCUAUAUCGCAUUGGUCUCAUACUUCACGGGGCUCUCGACAGCUGCUUCUAUAGCCCAGCAGAUCCAUACGCUUAUACGAUGGAGAGAUAUUAAGCUCGAGCAAUUUCAGCAUGCGAACGCCAAUGUCGGCAAUCCUGAGCUGGCCAUAGCGGGCCAGUCGACUGGUCUUGAUCUAGUCUUUUACUACAUCCAGUAUUACUGUUACAAUGUCGAAGCAACGCUGGCCUUCUUCUGGGCCGUCGCUCUCACUCAGUCGAUUUUUCAACUCGAACCCGUCAGGUCGCUACGUAAAAGAGCCAACUACAUCGCCAAGGCUACUGCUGUCAUACUGCCAGCGCUGCUGGUAGGGAUUCUCCGGCUCGAGGUCGUUCAGAAGCAGACCUUGCCCUUUCUCAUCCUUGCUGAUUUCAUUAUGGGCUUUUCCAUGAGUGGUGGUGGUGUUCUUCUUAUUGUCAUUUUAGUCAAAUACAUUUACACGCGCCGACACCUCCUCUCUUGGAACGUUCAAUACGGCCAACAAUCGAACAACACAAAAAGCAGCGAUAUACUCGCCUUUGAGAGUGACAACAGGAAACAUCGCCGGAGCAUCUACGAUGGAUGGCUAGUUGUCUUCACCAUCUACUUUCAAAUCUCCUCCUCACAAAAGAAUACCCGCGAUUCCCUGGCCAAAAGUCCGGAUCUCAGCAUGGAGCGAUUGCAUCUAGACCUCUUGCUUUUCAUCCCCGGCGUGUCCGGACAGGAGAAGAACGAGCAACCAGUCGCCGCGACGGACCCGAUUAUCGCAGACUUUCUCCCAGAGGACCGCUGA